AUGAAGAUCACUCAAGAAGCUGCCAAUGCAUACCCAAGACUCCAAGAAAUGGUCGACUACUACAACAAGAAGGCAGAUGGACCCACUUUUUGGGAGCAUAGUGUUGAACAGUACCUGAGCAUCACUGCUGCCAAACCUGACGUCUUGUCUUGGGAAUUCACAGUGGAAGAACUUCAUUGCAAUCAAUUGGGCAAUCUCCAUGGUGGGUGUGUCGCUACAUUGAUUGAUAUCUGCAGUAGUUUUGCGGUGCUGGUUAGUACAGGCAAGCAAUGGAGCUUGAUUGGUGUGUCUACAGAUCUUUCAGUUGCUUAUUUGAGUGGCGUGUCUGAAGGUGAUGUGAUUCGUUUGGAAUGUGAAGUGCAAAGAGUUGGAAAGACGUUAGCCAAUAUCUUCACCAGAGUGUACGAUCAAAAUAAUCGUUUAUGCUAUUCGGGUUCUCAUACAAAGUAUAAUAUUGAUGCCAGAUUAUAA